AUGUUCAAGGUUCCCUCCCACGCGGCCUCGGUCCCUCUGCUGUACGUGUUCGACGACACUGCGGCCCUCCAGACCUCCCUCGCCGACUUCGUCGUCGCCGCGCAGAAGGAGGCCAUUGCCCAGCGCGGCAAGUUCACCAUUGCACUCUCUGGCGGCUCGCUCCCGAACAACCUCAGCCCACUCGUCGGCCAGAAGGACAUCCAGUGGGACAAGUGGCACGUCUUCUUCUCGGACGAGAGAAUCGUUCCCCUCGACAACCCGGAAAGCAACUACGCCGCGUGUGCUAAGGCGUUCCUCGACCACGUCCCCAUCAAGCGCGAGCAGAUCCACACGCUCAACACCGGCCUCUUUAGGGAGACCACCAAGGAAAAUCCGACCGCUACGCCGGCUGAUCAGGCCGACUCGGAGCAGGAGGCCCAGGACAUCGCGUACGACUAUGAGCAGCAGCUCGUCGCCGUGUUCUCCGACCCUGAUGCCGUACGGUUCCCCGUGUUCGACCUGAUCCUCCUCGGCAUGGGCCCGGACGGACACACGUGCUCACUGUUCCCUGGCCACAAGCUGCUGGACGAGGACGGCGUGUGGGUCGCGCCCAUCUCCGACAGCCCCAAGCCCCCUCCCCGCCGUGUAACCCUGACCUUCCCUGUGCUCAACCACGCUUUGCGCGCUGCCUUCGUCGCGACCGGCGCGGGCAAGCAAGAGAUGCUCCACAAGGUCCUCGAUGAGCCCCAGCUCGGCCUGCCCUGCUCACGUGUGCGGCCUCAUGCCCCCGGCCAGGUCUUCUGGUUUGUCGACAAAGCUGCCGCUGGAGAGACCAAGUACGCGCAGGCGCCGUUCACGAUUAGCUAA